AGGCAGCUUUAAGUGGAGGGUGGAUUUUUUUCCCCUCCGUUUGCCUUGUGUUUUGCACUCUGAAAGAAUGUUGUGCCUGCUCUUUUUUCUGGUGACUGCUAUUCAUGCUGAACUGUGUCAACCAGAUGCAGAAAAUGCUUUUAAAGUAAGACUUAGUAUCAGAACAGCUCUGGGAGAUAAAGCAUAUGCCUGGGAUACAAAUGAGGAAUAUCUUUUCAAAGCAAUGGUGGCUUUCUCCAUGAGAAAAGUUCCCAACAGAGAAACAACAGAACAUGUUUCACUUGCACAAGAUAUAGAGAAGGCUUUGUUGCCAAUGCCUGUUGAAAAAGUCAGAAAGUGCAAAACUCCAUCAAGGGUCAACAGACGUUUCUGUAAAGCCACAGGCAGUACGAGCGCCAGCAGCACUGCCCAACUUUUCACCUCAUUAGCUCUUUAUGAGCUUUGUAGUUUAUUUGAAGUAUGGAAUGCCAUCAAUUAUUUCACCAUUCUAAGUUUCCUCUUCCCUCUCUUGCCCUCCAUGUUUGUACAGAAGACCAGGCUUUCUUCUUCUAGACCCCAAUCAUUCUUUUUGUGUGCAUUUAGGAAGAGCAAAGGACCAUCUGAAGUGGAUGACACUGAAGAUAAGUGUGAAAACAUGAUCACAAUUGAGAAUGGCAUCCCCUGCGAUCCUCUGGACAUGAAGGGGGGGCACAUUAACGAUGCCUUCAUGACAGAGGAUGAGCGGCUUACCCCUCUCUGAAGGGCUGCUGUUUUGCUCCCCCUAGAAACUCAACACUUGUUUCUGUGCAACUGCUGAGCAUUAUAAAUUAUCAAGGGCAGAUCAUCUAUUUUGUUUCACCACUCUUCUUUUCUAAGAAAUUUUGCAUGUGCAUGAAAGUAAAAGGCCGUCAUUUAUACCCAUGAAGACCACUGGAAUCGUAAGCUGUUGACUACUCAAAAUAUUCUAAAAUAUUUCUCUGACAACACAAUGUGUAAAUGUAGUCAUGUGGUGUCUUUAGUUAUCGGUUUAAAAGUGCAUUAGUAUUAAGCAUUUCCGGAAAUAUAUAUUUUUUCACACUUUGAAGACCUACGGAGAGAUAUUUUUCCAGUGGAGAAUAUGCAUAAUAUGGUAUAAAAAUCUUUGAAAAUGGAUCCUUUUUGAAUAUUGUUUAUAUCACUCUGUAUAUGACUAAGGAAGAAUAAAAUACAAUGUUUGUAAUGGGAUAUGAAUGAUGAAAGUGGGAGUGUCAAUACACAAGGUGGAAUUUGAUCCUGUUAUCAUACCAAUACUUAACUUAUUCUCUAUCAUUCUCUAAUAAGGCAGCCCUAUUGGUUGACUAUUUCUGCAAUUUGUAAAAGUACAAUCUCCGUGAAUUUAAUAAAAGUGCUAAUCAUCUCUUUUUAA